AUGACCAUGAUGCGGCGAUGUAGUGGCUUCAAGCUCUGCACCGCCAUCGGCCUGGCAUUAAUGGUGGCGCUUUUGAUGAGUAGCGCGUCCGACGCAGCAACCAGCUGUGGCUUCAGCACCCAGCGCGUGCAGUGCGGCGACUUUGCAUGCGACAAGGAGACGAAGGUUUGUAUUGCGUGUCGCGCGGACAGCGACUGCUACCCUGGCGCCAUGAGCUGCGACGUGACCUCGGGGAAGUGCAAGGUGCGCAGCUUCACCUCCCUCUUCGGAGCGCGCACUAUCCUCGCGAUGCUGGGUGCUUUUGUUGUCUGCUCCAUUGCCGUGCUCGCUGGCGUCGGUGGUGGCGGCAUUCUGGUGCCCAUGUUCGGCGGACUAAUGGAGAUUCCCAUGCUGUCCGCAGUGGGGAUGUCACAGUCCACCAUUUGCGGACAGAGCACGCUCAACAUGUACUUCGCCAUCCAGGAAAAGCACCCCGACUCCAGCUGGGAUCGCCCGCUGAUUAAUUACCAGUACCUGGGCCUGCUUCUGCCGCCCGGCCUCAUCGGCACCUUAGUUGGUGGGAUUCUGAGCAAGCUCUGUCCCGAUGUGCUGCGCCUCAUCCUUCUCCUUGUGCUUCUCUCCGUUGUGCUCUACCGCAGUUGGGGGACGAUGAAGAAGCAGUACCGGCAGGACACAAACCCGUCGCAUGUGACUGUGGAGACAGGCAACGCGAACGAGACGUCACAUCGGGAGAACCAUGACAACAAUGACGAGAGUCAGCGCUGCGAGCUGACCGAGAAGGCUGGCGGCGUCAAAAGGGAGUUGGGCGAGAACACCGCGAUUUUGUCGACGCCGGAGCAGAGCCCACAGUCUCUUCGGUGCCCGCCGCAAUCGCAGUACCCGCAGCAGGAGCUCUCUCUGAACUUUGCUUGCUUUCUGGUGCUGCUGCUGUUCAACAUUUUCCGGACGUACGCGGUGUGCGGCGGCUUCCUAUAUUGGUUGUGUGUGUUGGUUCCCGUGGCCUUUUUGAGCGUCGUGUUCUUUUUCAAUCGUGAGAAGUUGCGCAAGCUGGCGGGGUCCAACCCGGCGCAGAUGACGUUCGCCUGGACUCAACGAAACUCUGUGGCUUACCCGAUGGUGGCGGUGCUUGCAGGUGCGUCAGCGGCCAUGCUUGGCAUCGGCGGUGGCCUUGUUCUGGGGUUUGUGCUGAACGAGGUGGGUAUAGUGCCUCAAGAAGCGUCGGUGACGGGCGGUAUGGCCACCUUCUUCAUUGCCUUCUCGUCUGCGCUGCAGCUCCUUAUCACGGGUAGCCUCGUCGUCGACUUUGGCAUCGUUUUCUCCAUUGUUGGGCUAUGCAGCAGCGCCCUGGGCCAGCUAGUGUUCAUGACGUACAUCAAGAGUCACGGCCUGAGCUACUUAAUCAUCGGCUCUCUGAUCUUCGUCGUUGGUGGCUCGCUGGUUUCCCUCGGUGGCUUUGGUAUCUACAAUGCCGUCAUCUCCAUCCAGGCAGGCGGCUCCGUGAUGGGGUUUGGCUGCCUCUGUGCGAGAGCGAAGUAG